AUAUCUUGUCAUUUUGUAGCGGAGGCUAGAAGCAGUAUAGAAAACUUGAAGAGGGCAUGCCGGAGUCUCCAGAAUUUAACACAGAAUGUUUUGGACGAAGAAAAGGAGAUGCAGGAGCUAAUAAGUAAGGCGCAACUGUCGAACGUACCCACAAAGACGUUUUUUUCUCAUGCGAGGUGGGAUUUUCGUAAGGACGAAGGUUAACCCCUGGGCAUUAUAACACUUGUUCGAAAGUGGAAACCGCGUCUCUGGUACCCAGAGUCGUACUUUUGAAAGUGUUUAUAGAUCCCAGAAGGUCGUCAUCCCCUCCCACCUAACCUUUAUUAAAUAAAUAGCUCUGUAUGUUCUUUUUCGUGCAGUUUAAGGGAUUUUGACGGGUGGAGGAUCGAGGGGAAGUUUCUUGCGGUUCGGACCUCGCUUUAAAGCACCCAUCAGUUAAUAGAUUAUUUUGCAAAAUGGGUGCAAAAAGGGUGAUAUACAACAUUCUGGUGGUGUUAAAAAAUAAAACCAGUGCGAAACACUUCCCCUUAUCACACGCUUUGCCUCAAAUGAAGUUUUUCAAAAACACAUGUGAACAUAUUUACAAGGGUGGACAUUAAUCAAGGGUAAACUAUUAGAGGACGGUAAAAUAGUUCUAACUUUAACACAAGUUUGGAACCACCCUCCUUGAUCCCCCACCGAGUGAUUUAAGAACAAACAUAAGCGUGUGAUAAAAAAAAACUUUCUCAUUUCUUUCAAAUGGAAGAUUUACUUCAGGAACGUAAAAUGAAAUUAAGGAGAGCUUUGUCAGAGAAUGAUAAUGUGGAGCCGUUCGUUGAAGAACUGAAAGGUAUGUACAGACAGAUGUCGUUUUUGGAUAGUUGUGAUAGUUACACACAAUUCUUUUACAGGCUUACUAACGAUAGUUACGAUUGGAGAACAAAUUUCACAAAUUUUGCCUUUUUCCGUUUUGAGAGCCCUUCAGGCCUAGGCCAAACGUCGAACUUUUCAUAAGACGAAGCAAACUUAGUGAGUUAAGUUCAUGAAAAGUUCGACGUCUUGCUCAGUUAAGUUCACCUGAAUGAGUUUGGAUCGUCCAAGUCUGAAGAUCGUCUCCGGUACAGACGUCCAUUUUCACAUGUGACGAACUAAACUAAUAAUUAAAAAAAUUGUAUGAUAAUGUAUAGUUAGCUUCGUUCGGUCGCUUUUUGGUCUGAUUCAGUUAAUUGGUUUUGAUCGACGCGUUGACGUCGAAGUUCGACUUCUGACCCAACAGACGAUCUGACUUAGGUCGACCAAGAGGGAAGGAUCUAUUGUUGGGGCACUUACCAUUGCAAAGACAUAAUAAUUCCUUUGCACCAACAAAUUCUUGAAAGUUACGUCGUGAGCUUCCGGAACCCAUCUGGAUCCUUUUUUCAUCAGUGACGUUUGCUGUUACAGUACUUCAGUCAGUCUAGUUUUGAUGAGGACGCAAAAUUCAUGCUCGGUGAACGACAGUGAACUUUGAUCAGGGCUCGUACCACCUUCCCCCAGCUUAUGCCGGAACAAUUUUGCAGCCUAAUCAAAACAAGAAAACGAAUAACAGUAAAUGUCACUGAUCAAGUGAUCCGGAUGGGGUUUCGAAAGCUCUGUGUAACCUUCCAGAAUCUGUUGGUAGUAAAGUAUAUUUGUUUUCAUUACAAUACUUGUAAAAUACCUUUUGGGGUGUUGAAUAUUUGUCUGCAGUUUCAAGUAAGCAUGGAAAAGGUGUGAAUAACAAUGGACGCCCGUUGUUCAAGAGGGUUACAGGUAGGCGCGCACAAACCAAACAUUUGUUCUUAUUUCGAUUCAGAAUCGAUAUUAUCAGUGGAAUACCUUAACAAAUAAUGCUCCCAAUAAUUUCGUGGGUAGAUCAUUAUAUGAAUUUUGCGAUGUUAGGGAAUAUAUAUAUAUAUAUAUAUAUAUAUAUAUAUAUAUGCUCGCUCUGGCAUGGCUUAGAUGUACCACAUGUGUGGGACAUUUGGGGUGGCUUUUUAAGCUUAACCUCCAUCCUAGACAUCAGCACUGCACAGAUGAGGCCCAGAAGGCCGAAACAGUACUGUCUGCAGUUAUAUAUAUAUAUAUAUAUAUAUAUAUAUAUAUAUAUAUAUAUAGAAAAUAGAUGGAGAGCGGAAAGUAAUAUUUAUAGCAUUGUAAAAAAACCCCCGCAAAAUAAACGCCUUGAAAUAGUUCAUUUGGCCGGAUUGCAUGCCUAAGACUAGAAAAUUUGGACAAUAAAUGAGAAUGUCAUGCGGCACAAGAAGACUUCUACUAAAUGAUAUUAAUAUUCAUUUAGAGCAAUCAUAGUUUGCAGAAUGUGCUCUUAUGUCACGCCUUAAACUGCUCAUUGAAUCUCAAUCGAUCAAUUUCCUUAUAAAGACAUAUGGUUUAAAAAUAAAAUUGAAAUUCGUUUCUUCCCUCCAGGUCGACUACUCGAAUUAACCAGAAAAACCAAAAAGAAGAAAAAGAAAAAGCAAACGGACUUGUUGACAAAAUCGCCGCCUGACGAAAGUGAUUUGUUUUCACUGGAUGAUACAGGUGAUGUAUACUUCAGUCAGAUCUUUUUUUCGAGUUGAAUAUUAAAGUCAUUGGAAUCGUUUCAAAAUAUAUAGCAAUCAUUAUCAUUAUCACUUUUGUUAUAGUUUUUUUUCAAUAUCGUUAUCUCGGUCAUUACCAUUAUUGUUAUCGCUAUAUACAUCAUCAUUAUUAUCAUGGUUGCCAUUAUCGUUAUCGUAAUUGUUAUCUUAGAUCUAUCGUUAUCAUUACGGCUGUCAUCAUUGUCGUUAUACACUGCUGUUGUUGUUAUCAUUUAACUGUUAUCGUCAUCAUAAAAUCAGUGGCAAAAAUCCACCAGGGGUUAGUUUGAGAAAACUUUUACAAGUGUAUAGCUAUUGUGUACAGUAUCUAAAACAAUGGCUACACUUGUUAAUUACACUUGUAAAAGUUUCAUAAAAUUGGCUCCAGAAGUAGCUGAGGCUAUGUCUUGUACAACCGAACAACCUUUAAUCGUUCACUUAAGGUCUAGCCAAAAUGCCAAUGUAUGAUCAUAAGUUCAGUUUUCUUCGUUAUUAGAAGGAGAGAUGCCAAGUGUUGAAAAUUUAAAUGAUUCCGAGGGAUACAUCGCCCAGACAGAAGAUCGUAGAACAGAGCCCAAGCCUCCCAGGCGAAAGCUAGGCAACAAUGGGGCAAGAAUUGGUAAGAAGGAGAAAAAAACCUUUUUUAAAAAAGUUUAAUCUAAGGCGAGAACUGAACAAAGACGUUCCUAAUGAGUAGUGUUCUUUUUUUUCUAAACAAAAUUCGGUGUGCAAAAGUUUUUUGUAGAACACCUCUUUAUCCAAUAUUGUUUUGUGUUUUGCAUGAUCAUAAUUUCAGUUUUCUUCGUUAUUAGAAGCAGAGAUGUCAAGUUCUGAAAAUUUUGCGGAAUACAUCUCCCGAGCAGAAGAUCGUAGAGCUGAGCACCGGCCUCCCAGGCGAAAGCUAGGCAACUACGGGGCAGGAUUUGGUAAGCAGGGAAAAAAACCCUUUCUUGAAAGUUGAAUCUAAACCGAGAACAAAGACGUUUCUAAUGAGCAGUGCUAUAUUUUUCUUAUCAAAAUUUAGUGUGCAAGACUUUUGUUGUAGACUCUCCCUCUUUAUCCAAUAUUGGUUUUCAUUAAAUAAAAUCGUUGCCUGUCCUUUCGGAGUCGUUUUGUUUUGUUUCUUUAUAUGGUGCAAGUUUCUUUUAAAUUUACAACUUUCUUCAUUAUUGCCUUAUUUCACGUACUUCCUACAUCUUGCGUUUCACCGAAAUGCUUCGCGAGGUCCUAAUCUUAGAUCUUUCGUUAUCAUUGUGGCUGUUAUCACUCUCGUUAUCACUGUUGUUGUUGUUAUGAUAAAAUCCGGGAAAAAAUUCACCACAAGUAGCUGAGGUAAUGUCUUUUACAACCCAGCAAACUUUGAUCAUUCACUUUAGCUCGUUCCAAAAUGCAAAUGCAGGAUCAUAUGUUAACUUUGCCUCGUUCUAGAAACACAGAUUUCAAGGUUUGAAAAUUCCAUUGGUUCUGAGGAAUAUAUCUCCCAAGCAGAAGAUCCUGAAGUAGAGCACCGGUCUCCCAUGCGAAAGCUUUGCAACUGCAGUGGGGCAAGAUUUGGUAAGAACUAAGGAGUAAAAAACCUUUUUUGUACUGUAGAAACCAUGCUGAACUGUCUAGUUUUUUUUCUUAUAGUGUUAAGAUUUUAUAAAAAUCUGGACAUUUCUUAACGAUUGUAUACCAGUCCCAGCUUCUUGCUUCUGAUCUUACUGUAAGUAAUUUGGCUAUUCGUGAGAAUAUGCUAAAUAAACUUGGGGUCAAUUUAAUAAAACGUUUACACGCGUAAUUCACAAGUAUAGCUAUUGUUGUCAGACUCUAAAACAAUCAGCUACACUUGUAAACUACACGUGUAAAAGUUUUAUUUAAUUGACCCCCGUUUACUUUACAAUCGAUGGCCCUCCCUUGCCUUUCUACUUACUUGAUUAUAAUAUUUGUCCGUUUUUAUUAUCGGUUUACCUUUGAUAUAGUACCUUUAAAGUUUCAGGAAUCUUCAAAAGCCUGCCGAUCUUGCCAGUUAUUCACGAUGGUGCCCCUGAUGAUUUUGAGGUACCGUCACAUAUGAAAAUAUGCACUUACGUUACUAGAGUAAACCAAGAGUAGUCCGAGUGUACUGAGAUAUUAGGAUUUUACGAGAUUAUUUUUGCAAAAGGUUUUAUUUUAAUUGUUGGAGAAGCAAAAAGAAUAAAGCAGUAUAAAAUAAUAAAUACAAAUAUUUAUUAAAUUACCUUCUUCCCUUAUGGAGCUUUUUAGAGAAAAUGAGACAAACAAUUCAAAUGAAACAUAACAAAGUUAAGAAUCCCAACUGGUAGGAGGUCAACCUCGUUGGCUAUUUACAAGCUUGGCUGAGGAUCGGGAUUUGAACUCUGGACUGCGGCGAACAAAUCCAGCUCGCGGUCAGGGCAGGACUCUAUCUCGAGGCCCCACAAGUCCAGCGUUCUAACCGCUCGGCCUCGCUGCUUCCUCCUCACGUCAGUAUAAGGGAGCUUUAAUAGCAUCGACGGCAGUAAAAACGUCACUUUAAAAAUGAAGUCGCAUUUUUUCCAAUUAAACUUUGUCGCGUUUCUUCUAAUUCGUCAAACCUGUCAAAUGUAGACGAAUUUCCCUGGAGCUUGUUUCUUGGGGACAGCGCUCAAGUUUAGAAGGAGAAAGAAAAAAAUGUCGUCACUUGUUUCGCCCUAGUACAGUGAUGACCAAAGAGUCCUCAACAGUAGAAUUAUUAGGCAACUACUAUAAUUGGUAAAUGACUUCUCUUACGGAUUUUAUCAUUACAAUAGAGACCUUAAGAUACCCCGAUAUCGGUGUACGGGUACGGGUAGUGUACCCGUACACGUAAAAUGUUCAUGUGCGUGACUAUUUCGAUUAAGAUACCCGAAGAACAAGCACGCAAAAUUAACUUUGUACAUGCAUGUCGCUUAAUGCAUACAAAAUCUCCCUCAUAUUCUACACUUCAUAUCUUAACAACAAGCUGCAACAAAUAAUUCAUUCAUUCAUUCAUACAUAAGCUUAUUGAAAUAUCAUAGAAAGAUUUUAAGAAACUUGGCGGGAAGUCCCUCGACCGAAAGCUUGUUAUCGCAAACCCCGCCAUUUGAUUGAGGCACAUCACCAAACAAUUCCUUUGAUUGUCAACUUCAACAGUGACUCCCAUGCUAAAUUUUUCAAUGCUAUUUCUUUUGCGAAACUCAAACGUUCGAGCAAUUCUCAGAAAUCCCCCUAAAUACCGCCACAAAUUGAUAUCGUUUCAGAGGUCAACCUGCGCUUUUGAGGUCCAAAAUCAAUACAUUUUGAAGCGCUUUCUUUACAGCUAAAAUUCAAAUUUGGCAAAAAUAUUUGAUCAGACUUGCAAUAACAUUGCCAAGGAGUCAUACAAUUUACAUUUGUACUUAAAAAGUCUUAAAAACUUACUCGUUUCUCCAUCAUGUGGGACUUGCAGCUACUCGUAAAUCUUCUACGGGUAAACUGGUGUCUACCCCGGAAAAACGGCUGGUUCUACCCGGUAAGGUCGAUGACGUCACCACAAAAUGAAAAGAACAUGGCGCUACCCGUUACCCGUACACCGAUUUCGGGGUAUCUUAAGGUCUCUAAUAGAAGACCAGUAAACAAUGUCUACCUUCUUUCUCUUUUCCUGAGUCAGGCUCGGCACAGAAAUAAAUUACAUUAUUAAUAUACCGCUAAUGGCAGAGAAGCUUGGAGAAGCUGCAGAAGCUUGUGUAUAAUAAGUUUUUUUCUCUCCUAAAUCUUUGUUUACCCUAAAUAUUUAGGGAUAAAUUUCUUAGGCAAUGCAGCGAUAUGAAAACUAUUGACAUACUCGUAUAUUCUCGUUUAUAUGAGCCAAACCAGUAUUCAGAGUGUAAGUUGUAUUUUGUCAUUACUUUAAUUUCAUGUGACGUCACGACUAAUCCUUCGGCUCCUUUUGGCUGACGAUAAACAGCCCGGUAAGUUACGUUUGACAACUGUAUGACAUUCUGUUUUUAAAGAACAAAGUCACUUGGUAUCUCUUUAAAACAGAUAUACAUCGAUUCCCUAGAAAUGAAGGCUAAUUUGCAAUUUUCUUUCCAUUUUUAAAUAUUAUUCAUGUUAUUCAUUGUCCCUCCUUCUUUGCUUUAUUGCCUGAUAGCGCAGUGCAAUUUUCCCUCUCUUUCAAGCAAGUUAAUCAAUUGUCUUUCAUAACUGUGACCACUUUAAUUGCACUAUUUUGCUGUUUCGAAAACGAAUAAAAAAAGUUGUCUUUUAUGUAGGAAUAUAAAAUAAACAGAACAUUACAUGGCCGCUUGGGGAUAUGAAUUUUAUCUUCUCGUGCUGAAAGUAUCUCUCGCUCGUUCGCUUCGCUCACUCGUGAGAGAUACUUUCAGCACUCGAAGAUACAAUUCGUUUCCCCGCCAUGUAAUAUCCUCUAUAUAUAACCUUUAUUUUAAGAGGGUGACACCAAUUACUAUGAAAAGCAUUCUCCCUAGUGGCCCUCUAAAAACAAAAUCGAUAAUAAUAAAUUACAACAGUCAUGAUAAAAAGCCAAUUUACAAAUAGUGAUUAUAAUAAAAGAACUUAAAAAUUCUAGUAUUCUCCCUAGUAUCCCUAGUGGCCCUAGAUGUUGAUGCGUGGGAAAAAAAGUCGAAAAGAGGCGAUCUUUAUAUCCAUUUGCUUCUAUGCUGAGAAGUAUUAGCUUUGCUCGCGAAAACCUCGGAUUUCUGAUAUUCCCUCCAGCUAUUUGGCGUCAAGAUUUGUUAAGGCGGUGGAGGUUCCCUUUGAACAUUCUGUCAACGUCGCGACGCCACCAACCGUUAUCAUGACGUCUGAGGAGCGAGCACAGAAAUUCCAUCUGCUGAUGAGGUGUCAUAACCCAGAUCUGGGUAGUGUUUCUGAUUGGCUGAAGCAAGUCAGCCGAUCUUCACCUCCACGCAUGCUCAUCUCGGUAGUGACACGUCACCUAUAAGGAAUACAGUUGUGCUCCUACUCAGACGUCAUUUCACGGGGAAACCGUUGGUGACGUCGUAAAUAUCGGCUUUUUCUCUGGCUAAACCAUUAGCUGCUGAUUGGUCCUGAUUGCCUGGAGCUGCCAAAUAUGCGUUUUAUCGUAAAUUUUGCAUCGCUUUCUUUUAAAGCCAAAUUACUUUUUUCUUCCAGAUCUGCGGAUUUCGAUGCAUCCAAAGUCACAAACAGUAAAAGAGGGAUCAAGAGUGGAAUUCAGAUGCACGGUAAAUAAAAAGAAGGCAGGCAACCUGGUUUACUACUGGUAUAAGGAUGGUGUUGCAGAGCUUGGAAAAAAUGACUGCACUCUAGUUCUGGAUCCCGUGGAGUUGCGUCAUUUUGGCUACUAUCACUGUUUCGUGAAGUACCAGGAUUCAUUCAACAAAGGCGUAACAUCACACCGCGCAACACUGGAUAUAAUCCCCCAAUCUCGAAAGGGAAUGAGUGAGUGUAUUGAAGUCUAUGUUGCCCGAUUGGUCUGUGUUUUGUUUAAAAAAAGGAGACACCCGGGAGCAUAAUUACUACAACAGCUAUGCCGGAAGGGAGUCUGCUGCAAUCAUGCGAGUUGACCGGUUUUCGCAUUUAACACAAUCCUUUCUGUCUCUAUCUCUUUUUCAGGACACAAACGUCUGAGUGAGUUGGAUAUGGACACCACAUAUAAAAUCACAACGCUUCUGGGAACGAAGAAUAAAUUUGGCCUGGGCGAUUUUAAGAAAGUAGCUGCUGAAUUUGGCAUGACACCUGUCCAAAUAAUAACACUAGAGAAUUCCGAUCAACCCGGAAACGAUGUCUUGGACUUCAUUUUGACGACUAUGCCUGACCUAACAGUAUACAGUUUUUGCAAACCUCUUAAAGGAGAUGGAUUUGAAAGGCGUGAGAUUGUACAAGAGCUGGAAGAUCACUUUCUGGUUCAAGAGGAAACCGACAACGCUUCCAUCUCUUCCAUAUAUACCACGACUUCUGAAUCUCAAUACUACUGUGAAUAG